GUUACUUCUGUAGGUGUGCCGCGUGCGUCUGAUAUUCCAGAUGAGCGUGACGCAGCAGCUCCUCAUUAAGCUAAUGCACUGAUCUGAGAUCUGAUACAGUCAACCUCCAGCAGCGCGUCAGAUCACUUACAGAUCCGAUCUGGACGCGGAAACAAACACCUGCUGAAAGCGAGCGAGGCGUUCGACGCACAGACGUGAUGUAGAAACGCGCCGCGGAGGAACAUCGAGCCGCAGGUGAGACAUCUGAUGCUCCGCCGAUGAUGAAGAUGAUGAAGGGUUGCGCUGAUCUGCGGACUGUGGCGAAGACGCGGCUGUAAUGAUGGCGGUGUGUGUGGCUCGCGGACUGUGAGGAAGAUGAUGUUUGUGGUGUCUGGAGCGGUUCUGGUGCUGUUUUGGUGUUUUCCAGGCCAUCGUGUGUAUGUCCGACAUGAAUGCGCUGCUGGACCGAUUUCACAACUUCAUCCUGCCGCGCAUGCGCGGACCGGAGCGCGUGUGUCACUGCACCUGCGGCAGGCACCAUGUGGAGUACGUGAUCCCGUACGAGGGCUCGGUCUCGGCGAGCUCCGUGGGUUCCUCCGCCGGGAGCAGCGUGAGCAAGCAGGAGCUGGACCUGGUGCUGGGUCUCCUGAUGGGCUUCUGCAUCAGCUGGAUCCUGCUGUGGCUGGAUGGAGCUCUUCACUGCGCACUGCGCUUAUGGAGGUCCAGCAGACACUACGGUGCGGACGGCGAUGUGUGGCGCUCGUGGCGCUGGGUGUCGCGCGUGUGUAGCCUGCGAGAGCUGCGCAGACGCCUGCAGACGCGCCAGACGGAGGACGGCGGGAAUAACGUGGUGCAUGUCAAACAGAAGCUCUUCCACAACGGCCACCCGAGCCCCCGGCGCCUCUGACAGACUCUCUUCUGCUCGCUGUGUGGUUUCACUGGUGUCCUGAGUGUUCGUUUUGUAGGGUCUACACGUCACCGGGGGGGGGGUUGCAUUUUUU